AUGGCUAGAGAGCAAUCAAAUGAUUCCCAAAACCUGUUCUUCCUUCACAGUGCUGACCAUCCCGGUUUGGUCUUAGUAUCCAACCUUCUCAAUGGCAAUAAUUACAACACAUGUGAGAGAGCAAUCAGAAUAGCAUUGAACGCCAAAAAUAAAUUGGGUUUCAUAGACGGAACCUACGAUCAACCGAGCAACACUGAUUCCACUGUCGCAGCUUGGUCACGUUGUAAUAGCAUGCAUAGGAAUGCACCGCGUAUAUACCAACUGAAACAGAGCAUGAAUAACCUUGCUCAAGGGUCAUUCAGCAUCCACAUCUAUUAUACGCGGAUGAAAACAAUCUGGGACGAACUCAAAACUUACCAACCAGCUCCAACCUGUCAUUGUGGAAACAUGAAGGCAUGGAAUGAUUAUCAGGAGCAGGAGUCUGUCAUGACUUUUUUAAUGGGUUUGAAUCCUUCCUACGUUGCUGUUAUGGCUCAAAUCCUGAUGAUGGAAUGUUCUCCAUCCAUUUUGAAGGCUUUCUCGCUGGUGGUGCAAGAAGAACGGCACCGUGCAAUCGACUUCAACGCGUGCGCAAAGACGGCUCAAGGGUCUGGUUCUUCCGUUGCCCUAACUCAAAGUCGAAAAUGA